UCUAGGGAGGAAGGUUUUGUGUGUGACACAACAGCCCUAUUUAAACCUACCUGUAGGCAUUUUAAUCAGGGCAGAUGUGGAUCUACAGUUGGUCAGACAAUGGGAAGACCCUGAAGGGUUGGAAGUUGCUCCAGGAGUUGCCCAAGGGUCUCAAACAUGGGCAACAGGAACAGCAAGUGGUCCCAAAAAGAGACCCCCAUUAUUCCAAAGUAUACAGUAAUAUCUCCUGAAUUCUGUACUUUUACACGAAGACCACAGCAUGUGUCCCUGGGGACUAGGAAGAGCUAUUAUCCCAGUAGCAGUGUAAAAGGAACUGAACAAGCUACAGGUGACGAAACUAGUUUAAAGUUUACACCAAGACCACAGGAUGCAUCUGUAUCGACUAGAAAGAGCUAUUCUCCUAAGAAGACUAGAGAAGGGAUUGGGCAAGUUGCAGGUGACCAAACUAGUUCAAAGUUUGCACGAAGAACACAAUGUGCUUACAUGGGGACUAGAAAGAGCUGGUCUCCCAAAAGGAUGACAGAAGGGACUGGGCAGUUUGCAGGUUACCAAACUCAUUCAACUUUUACACCAAGAUCACAAGAUGCUUCCAACGGAACUAGAAACAGCGGUUCUCCCAAGAGGUCUCCAGAAGGGCCUGAACAACCUGUAGCUGACCAAACUGGUUCAGAGUUUACACCAAGACCACAGGAUGCUUCUACUAGAAAGAGCUGUUAUCCCAAGAGGUCUACAGAAGGGACUGAGCAAGCUGCUGCUGACCAAACUGGUUCACCGUUUAUACCAAGACCACAGGAUGCUUCUAGUAGAAACAGCUGUUCUUCCAAGACGUCUACAGACGGGACUGAACAAGCUUCAGCUGACCAAACUGGUUCAGCGUUUACACCAAAACCACAGGAUGCUUCUACUAGAAACAGCUGUUCUGCCAAAAGGACUAUAGAAGCAACUGAACAAAAUGCAGGUGACCAAACUCAGUCAAAGUUUAUACCAAGACCACAGGAAGCUUCCCUGUCAACUAGAAAGAGCUGUUCUCCUGAGAGGUCUACAGAAGGGAUUGAAGAAGCUGCAGGUGACCCAACUGGUUCAAAGGUUACUCAGAAGGCAUCCUUUGCUGAACCCAUUCUGCAAGACCCUAGAACCCAGAAACCAGUUGAGCAGUUGGUUGUACAAACAGCUGAAGAUGCUAACCAACAGGCCACAAUGACGACAGUAGCUACCUAUAAUUUAGAUGACCUGGAAUUAGAAAUUCAAGCCAUGCUGCAUCUGCAAGUGUUGAGAGUGCUGCGCAACCGCAGGAAGAAGGUAAGGGCUGCUAAUGAAUGGAGACGGUGGUCAAGAUGGUCAAAGAGACGAGGUAUAUUUCGCGCCACCGGGAGAUAUCGACUCUCGCCAAUAAUUGAGGAAGCCCCACUCUCUGAAGUGAAGGGAAAUGGAGAUGAUCGAAAGAAAAUGGAAGCCCAGAAGAGCCAACCACUCACAGAAGAUAUUUCACCUAUCCUAUCUGUUCCUCGUGAAGGCAUGGAUGCUCUGCGAGCUCAAGGCAAUAGUCAGUGAGCACCAACCUAUUGUAACAAACACAGAAAAGACAGAUUUAUAUGCUCUAGCGGACACCACAGACAACAGCUCCAAAUGUUUAGACAAACCUUCAGAAAGACUGGUGAACAAUUGUUGGAUAAUGAUGGCCAAGAGAGUGAUGGUGAAAGGCUUACUAUACAGAGUGUGCGUGAGAAUGAGGUCUAGGCUCUGACACAGCAAGUGGGGGAUGUUAUGGGAAACAUAUUGGGGGGGAAUCCAGAUACAUCUAAUAGGCCUAAUCGAUUUCUUUAGAGGCGAGUGGGUGGCUCUGGGUGCCACCCUCACUGGGGUUGCCCUGUCCUCUUUUUAUCUGACAUACUUGUAUUGCUGAUUUUCUGUUGAUUUUAAGCUUUCUAUGCCAAUGGAUGGUCUUCUUUCCCUUUCCUGAUCCCUGACACAUGGUUCUGAAACAAAAGAGUAAUAAAGGUAAUCUUCCUGCAGACCUUCUAGAAGCAUCGUGAGGCAUCGUUCUAAGCAAACCUGGAGUGCAAAGAGGCUGAGACCAAACUUCCAGAUGUGUCAGCUAUAAUUUUGAGUGAUGAGAUUCUUUUGGAUCUUCAGCCGAUACCAGGAAAUCUCGUUAAACCUGAGCCAUCUGUAUGGGUUGCGGUUCCAUAUAGGAACUGCAACCCAUUCAGCAGAAUAUGCAGUACCCCUAGGACCUGCUUCCUGUGCAGACCACUGUAACCAAUGUUCACCAGGCUAAGAAGAAUGACUAAGUCCUCCCAAAUUUCUAAAACUGUAGCAGAUCAGGAUAUGGAAAAUGAAAUCUCUCUUCACACAGAGAAGCCAACUCUUCUCCUUGCAAGCAGGACUGCAAAUAAUUCUGCAGGUGAGCCUGCAUUUAUUUUUGUAGACUACUUCCUGAUUUUGAUAAUGUGCAACAUCUAUUGUUGAUUCUGCUUGACGGCAUCAGAGCUGGUUCAUUUUAUUUUCUACUGCCAGGUCUUCAGUUCUAAAAUGCAGGGGUAUGUGUGCUUUCAUGCAUCCAAUGCUAUUGUUUAAGCACCACAAAGGCUUUAAUUUUGUUGCAUUUCAUCACUCGCUUUACUUGCAAGUCUUGAGUGUCUUUCAGACGCUUCUUGCAGGCUUUUCACAUUCUUGCUGUAAUUUCUUGCUCUGCCUUCAGUAGAACUGGAUCAUUGUCUUCCUGAUGCUCAGUGAAGAGGGAACAAGAGAUUUCUGAAGCAAAAGGAUCAUGCGCAAAAUAUUCUUGUUGGCAGAGACUAAUUCUGCCAAGUCUUCAUUUUAGUCCUGGAAAACUUCAGCCCCACAGGUGAUAAUGAUAUCCCUGUUGGCUCAGAGCCUCAAAGCUCAGCAGACAAAUGUAUCCCUUCUGUUAGCUAGCUUUAAUGCAAUUAUCUUAACUAGGCUGACAUAUGGCAGCCUUCUUCAGUCUGGUAGUCCAAAACAUAUGAUGGGCACAACUCCCAUCCUUCCUGGCCAUUGACCAUAUUGACUGGGGCUGAUAACAGCUGCAGUCCAAAACAUCUGGAGGGCACCAGGCUGGCCUAUGGCAUCUCUUCCCACCAGUACUCUAUACAGCAGAGAUGGGGACUUGUGGCCCUCCAAAUGCUUUUGGACUACGGUUCCCAGCAUCCCUGACAUCAGGGUUGAUGGGUGUAUGAGCAGCCCAACAAUAUCUGGAGGGCCACAGGUUCCCCAACUCUGCCAUAGUGACAACGCAAAGACCAUGUGAGAACUGUGCCCUGAUGUUUUCCCUGUAUGGUGAGGUUGCAGUAGGGGGAAGAUGUCUGCAGUAACCUUGCGGAGGGGGUGCCUUUAGAUAGUUACAGUAAAUGAUUAGAUGCUAUUGAAUUGAGCCAUUUUAUUAUGACUGUGUAGACCAAAUUGGACCAUUUUUGUUUUUAAUGACAAUCAAUUGAAUAGUUCAGCACCUCCAACAGCAUGGAAUGGAAAGAACCGAUUCCCUGCCGCCUAACUGAAGUGUCCUUAAAACCAGCGCUAGAGCAGGCCUCUUGCUAUAUAGGGUGGAUUAUAAAUUGCAUCUCUCGGUGUGUUGAUAUCAAUGACUGUAGUCUUGCUUAGCUAGAUGAUUUUACAGCAUGUGUUUGUAUUGUUUUUAAGUAUCGGGUGUAUGUAAUCUUCCUGAAAUUUUUACUGACAUUGGUUGGAAACUGAUCUCUCUUUUUGGAAAAAAUAUCUCAAUAAAAUCAAUUUUACAAA